GCUAUACAAUUUGGUGGGCGAAAUGCUAUAUAAUUAAAACGGUCACAUACGACUUACACUUAAUACGUAUAGAUUUCGAAAACAGCACCAAAGGAUGGGAAGAUUUUUCACUAUAUAUGCGCUGUUAUUAAGUUUUUGCUUGGUACUACAAUGCACGCAAGCAGGUGACGUUGAUUUCGAUGGCAUAGCAGGAUCUGACGAACCAGAAGGUGAAGGUUCUGGAACAGAACCAGACGAUCCAGAUCCAAUUGAUGAAGGAGAAAUAACAGCUUGGAAAGAGGAGAUUAAGAAUAGAGAAAAGGCUUCGACUCCUCCAGACGUUAACGUCGGUGAUGAUGAUGCAGGUGCAAGUCAAGGGGGAGAACUUCCUGAACAAAUACAAGCUCUUAUAGAUGAUACUUUGUCGCAUUCUGAAGAAAUAUCUCCAGAAGUAAAACCUCCAGAGGAUAACACACCUGAUAGGGUGGCGGCUGGGAAAUCUGCAUCGUUCACAAAGAAAUAUUGGUACUAUCCCCCAUCACCGGUUCGUUGUGCAGGACAGCUUUUUGACCCCAUACGCUAUUUCUGUUGCGACGGAAAACUCACGGCCAAGACAUUCUACUAUCGCUAUCAGAAGUAUGACGCCGUGCGUUACGUCGACGCCUGUUGUUGUGGCGUACCAUACAACACACAAACGCAAAUUUGCUGCAAAAACAAAAUAUAUGAAAUAACGAAAGUUGGUCGCCCGGGGUAUAUAGGAUGCUGCAACGACCAGGCGUACGACAAAGAUAAACAACUCUGUUGUGACGGCAAAUUAUUCAACAAUGACGAAGGAUGUACUUUGAAAUGCUGCGGAUGCGAUGUUUACAGGAAAAAAGACGCACUCUGCUGUAACGACAUAGUGGUGCCACGAAGAGGAGAUAACAAAAAGAUGCAAUGCUGCGGCAACAGUGGAUAUUACCGUUCGACAGAGCUGUGUUGUAAUGGUUGCGCCAUCAAACGCGUCGGGCGUGAACUAUGUUGUGGGGACGGGACAUACGACCCUUCAAGAGAAAUUUGCUGCGGUGGUAAAAAAUUCGCCAAAUCGAGGUAUGACUCGUGCUGUUAUAGUCCCCCAGAUGGCGCAUUAAGUCGUCCGUACAAAGCCAGCACUCAAAUUUGCUGUGGUGGUCGAGUGUACAAUCGAAUAUAUGGCAUGAAUACACGCUGUUGCAGUUGUUAUAUGAGUGGAAAAUACUCAGCUAGGAUCUUCGAUGUCAGAAGGCAGAGGUGUUGCGGUUGUAGAGUAUUCACUAUGCCGUCUAGUUCGCACACUCAUUGUUGCUGUAAAUACAUGUACUAUUACUUCAAUCGCUACUGCCCUUACUUCCCGUACUACUACUAUUUCCCCAAACCAUACUAUUACCACUACAACUACCCUACCUGUCGACUAAUGGAUCCAAACGAGCACUCAUGUUGCAACGGAAACAUAUUCGACAAGUUUAAUUCACAGUACAAACGAUGCUGUAACUCGGCAAGCUACGACAGCAGAACUAAGAUAUGUUGUAAUGGGCAAAUUCGGGACAGAUGGAACAAUGGUGAGCCUCAGCAUAUGACUUGUUGUGGAACAGAGGCUUAUGAUAGACGAUAUCAUACUUGCUGCUAUAACCAGGUACUAAAGGUGUUUGAUGGAAAACGUGCAUGUUGCGGCUAUGAACUGUACAAUCCGACUGGUGGGCAGAGCUGUUGUAACGGUUUGGUAGUUAGGGGCGGGUCAGGUUAUAUUUGUUGCGGAGACAAAGCCUGGAAUGGACGAAGCUAUGGAUGCUGCGAAGGUGCACCUUUUUACAAGCUGAGAUGGAAUUGUUGCAAUAGCAAGGUUGUAAGAGGGGGACAAUCACAUCAAUGUUGUGGUUCAAAAACAUUCAAUCCAAGAACGCAUCAAUGUUGCUGUAACUGUAUCCAUCCGCUUGUAAAGAACGCUUUGAACCGUUGCUGUGGUACAAGAUCGUACGAUGCGAAUAGGGAAGUGUGUUGCUCAGAUACCGACACUGUAUAUCGAAAGCCGUAUACGUGCCCUACCUAGCUAGACUACCAACCAGUUGUAUAAGCUAUUUGAAAUGACGAACUCCCAUCAGUAAUUUGCGUGGAAUAUAUCAUGUAUGAAUACUAACAUAUAAGGUGUAAUAAAUUAUCAAAUAGCAAAACAUUCG